AUGGACUUCCACUACAUUGAACCUGAAAAUACCAGUCCGUCCGAAUCCGACCAAGAUGCAAGAGUGGUUGUAGGAAUAGAUUUUGGCACAACUUUCUCUGGAUUUGCCUACGCUAAUAAAGUGAACAAGAACACAAUAGAAACACACGACACAUGGCCGGAACAACGAGGCGCGUUAAAAACUCCGACAGCCCUUCUCUAUACUGAAGAUUGGAAAGUGCAUAAGUGGGGUGUACCUGCUCUUGCUGUUCGGCCAAAGAAGAAAAAGGGUAAAGGUGCGCGGAACGUUGACACAAAACCCGUUGAACUGUUCAAGCUGCAUUUGGGUGAUAUGAAAGAUGUUGAGAAGCCAUCGUUGCCUGAUGGAUUGGAUUUCAGAAAAGCUAUUACGGAUUAUUUAGCAGAGUUUGGAAAGCUGAUGAAGGAAACGUUACUUGCAAGGUGGCCUGGGCUCGACUUUCAUAAGCAGAUUUUGAAAGUCAUAACAGUUCCGGCAGAAUUUGAUGAUAGAGCAAAAUACAUUAUGAGGGCAUGCGCUCAUAGCGCUGGAUUGACUGAUAAAGUGGAUUCUGAGUUGCUCGAAUUUACGACCGAACCUGAAGCAGCUGCCAUAUACUGUAUGAAAGUAUUGAAGCAGCAUAAUCUAAGAAAAGGAUCCUCGUUUAUGAUAGUAGAUUGUGGAGGAGGAACAGUGGAUCUCACGACCCGAACACUGUUGAAUCAAGACUGCCUCAGCGAAGUAACCGAACGUACAGGCGAAUUUUGCGGUGGCUCGUACGUUGACAAAGAAUUCGUUAAAUAUAUGCGGAAAUUAGUAGGCUCGGAGGCGAUCGACAAGCUAGAGGAAAACAACUACAGCCAACUGCAAUAUUUGGUCCAAGAAUUCUCUACGCAAAUAAAGCUCCAAUUCACGGGCGAACCCGCAAAAUUCAAAUCGAAAGAGCUCGACAUUGAAGACAUGUGUCCAGCACUGAUCCAAUACGUUGAUGAAAAGACAAAAACAGAGAUGGAGAAAACGGAAUGGUUGAUUGAAUUGAACUAUAUAACUGUCAAGAUAUUCUUUGACACGGUUGUUGACAAGAUUUUGAGGUUAAUCAGGGACCAAUUGAAUUCUUCAAAGAAGGCGAUAUCGGCAUUAUUUAUGGUGGGUGGGUUUUCGGAAUCGCCGUAUGUUCUGAGAAGAGUUCGAGAGGAAUAUGGAAGAGAAGUAGAGAUUAUUGCUGUGCCGUCUGAACCUAUUGCUGCUGUAGUUAGAGGAGCGGUGUAUUAUGGCCUUAAUAUGAAAACAAUACAAACGCGCGUCCUCAAACGUACAUAUGGGAUUGAAAUAUGGGAGAAAGCUCGUUCUUGGGAUCCAAAGGAGCGCCAAAACGAUCGUGGUGUGGUCAAACUCUUCCACAAACUAGCUCAACGUGGAACUGAAGUCGCAGUCGAUGCCAAGUUUCUCUUUGAAUGCUGGCCAAUCUAUGCAGAACAAACUACAGUGAAAUUUUUGAUUUAUACGACCACAGAAGACGACGGAAAAUACUGCGAUGAUCCUGGAAUGAAAUUAUUUGGGAAAUUGCAGAUUGAUCUUCCUGAUCCUCAUCUUGGGCGUAACAGACCGAUCGAUUUUACACUGACAUUUGGUAAGAUGGAGACCAAAGCCAUAGCAACAAAUAAACGCACUGGAGAACGAUGUGAAGCAAUAUUUGCUUUGGAACUUUAA